GAGAUAUUUAGAUUCUUUGGUGACCAGAUAGCUGGAGCUGAAAAUGCUGUUUAGGGGACCCAAGGCCAGACGACUGUACAAAACACCUUUAAGUCUACUGGGCUUGUUUUGGCCCUUGUAUUUCCCUGGAUGGUGCAGUAGAAGUGGGUAAGUGAGAUUUUUUUCUGCUUAGCAAAGCCAUGUAAAUGUAUUUUAUUGGGAGUAUCUUGGUGGGUAUUAUUUUCUGAGGGUGAAUAGUUUUAUUGGGGUUUUGAGCAGUUCUAGAUAGAGCUGGAAGAGUAGAAGGAAGAGAAAGGGCUAUAGGUUGGGGUGGUGAGGGCCUUCUUCCAGCAGGUGGCUGGUGGUCUGCUCUGGAGAGGCUGCAUUCCCUACAUUCCUAGCAUUUCUGGGAUAUAUCAAGAAAAGAGGGGGGGAUUUUUUUAGAGGUAUAGGGGAGCUUUGGGUUAUUAGAAGAGCCUAGCUCUUGAAACCUCAAAUUUCUUAAGAAGGAGGGAGAAAGGCAGGGACACCACAGUAGCUCAUUGCCUUGGCAUUCUUAGCCACAAAGUAGAUCACACGUCACGGUUUGAGAAGCAGGUAGAUAACUACCUGAAAUCUCUCAAUAGCUCUUUCUCCCUGCCGCUUCUGUUACAUGGAUGAUAACUCUUCCUCUGUCUCCUGAACAACCUGGACCUCCCUAUGUCCCUUACACCUCCCACCUCCCAGUGAUGCUGUUUCUCUGUCCCAGGCUAUGGCUUUGUAGAUUUUGACAGCCCUUCAGCAGCACAGAAAGCUGUAACAGCACUGAAGGCCAGCGGUGUACAGGCACAGAUGGCAAAGCAACAGGAACAGGACCCCACAAAUUUAUACAUCUCAAACCUCCCACUGUCAAUGGAUGAGCAGGAACUGGAGGGGAUGCUGAAGCCCUUUGGCCAGGUUAUCUCCACCCGUAUCCUUCGAGACACCAGUGGGACCAGCAGAGGGGUUGGCUUUGCAAGGAUGGAGUCCACAGAGAAGUGUGAAGCCAUCAUCACCCACUUUAAUGGAAAAUAUAUUAAGACACCCCCUGGAGUACCAGCCCCACCUGAUCCCUUGCUUUGCAAAUUUGCUGAUGGCGGGCCAAAGAAACGACAGAACCAAGGAAAAUUUGUGCAAAAUGGACGGGCCUGGCCAAGGAACGGAGACAUGGGUAGCAUGGCCUUGACCUAUGACCCCACCACAUCUCUUCAGAAUGGGUUUUACCCAGCCCCUUAUAACAUCACCCCCAACAGGAUGCUUGCUCAGUCUGCACUCUCCCCAUACCUUUCCUCUCCCGUGUCUUCGUAUCAGAGAGUGACUCAGACAUCUCCCCUACAAGUACCUAACCUAUCUUGGAUGCACCACCAUUCAUACCUCAUGCAACCUUCAGGUUCAGUUCUGACACCAGGGAUGGACCAUCCUAUUUCUCUCCAGCCAGCCUCCAUGAUGGGACCUCUUACCCAGCAACUGGGCCACCUCUCCCUGAGCAGCACAGGCACGUAUAUGCCAGCGGCUGCAGCUAUGCAAGGAGCUUACCUCUCCCAGUAUGCCCCUGUGCCUUCUUCCAGUGUUUCAGUCGAGGAGAGCAGCAGCCAGCAGAACCAAGUGGCAAUGGACGCGCCCUCAGAGCAUGGGGUCUAUUCUUUCCAGUUCAACAAGUAACAGAUUCCCCUCCCCAUCUUUACUGAAUAGAAAUGAAUUCUUGGAGAUACUCAUGCUCCCAGAUUCCAGAGGGUUAACCAGGAAUGCAGACCACCUGUUGGCCCUGCUAAGGACUCACACUUAGCCAUCGUUUUUCACAGGCCUGGGCCUGGAAAAAGAAAUCUCUACGUUCCUGCCCUCUGCUCUUUCUCCAUUGCUGAUGGAGCCUGGGGAACCAUCACUUUUUGUGUGUACUACAUUCAAGGAGAUCCAAAAAACUUUUUUUCUUUUGCAAAGAAAGAUUUUUGUUUUUAACUGCAAUGUACUGUUCCUUACCCUGAAGAGUCCUGGUGGUUGGAGCUUCUUCUCGUCUAUAUGAAAAAGUGUUUGAUGUAUUGGAAUUAUUUGGGGAUGCUUUUAAAACGAUUUGUAAUUAUUUCUUUAAAACCCAAAACAAAACAAAGUUGUGGUGCUAGAGCACUGAUGCAGGAGCCCUGCUUACUGAGCUUGGUGAUGGGCUUUUUUGAUGUGUAUGUGUAUGUAUUUUAAAAAGUGUGCAGACUUUAAAAAUUUUGUUUUGUAAAACUCUCAGCUCACAUACCCCAUCUCUUCACCCAUGUUAUUCCUUCUUUCUCUUUUCCAGAUUGUUUUUUCCUCUGUUCUAAACAGCUGAGGCUGCCUACUUUGCCCUUCUACAGCUUUUAAUUUUAUGGAUAUUUAAAAAUGAAAUUUCAUGUGGGAUUUGGGGUGGGGUGCGCAGGCUGGGCAAGGAACAAGGCAGAACACUAAGUAGGCCAUGGAAGUGGCUGUUCUUUCCUCCAUGUUGCCACCUUCUGGGAGAAAAAACUAGACUUUGGCUUCAGAAAGCACAGAUGUGACCCAGGCUUACUAAUGAGACAAUUCCACAGCCCUGAGAACACACCCUUGAGCCAAAUUUGGUUGAAGACUAGGUCUUCCUUGGCAAGUUCCAGAAGAAUAGACUUACUUUGACCAACUCUUCUCACUGCCAAGGCCAACAGAUUCUGAGGAAAUGUCUUUUCCAGCUACAGCCUUUGGGAGUACCUGCCUUACCUGCCUCCUGUCUGUCCCGGGCUUCACGGCCCUUCUCUUCCCUGUGCACGUUGCCGUGCUUAGAGCCUUUGCAGCUGUGACCUAGUUGAAUCCGCAUAGGCUCCUUCUGCACUCUGGAAGAUCUGCUGCUUCACCUCAGACCAGGGGUUCUCAACCAGAGGCGGUUUUGUCCCUUAGAGGCCUUUGGCAACAUUGAGGCAUUUUUGAUUGCCACGCCUGGAGGUGAGAUGUGUGUGCUACUGGCAUCUAGUGGCUGGAAACCGGGGUUGCUGCUAACCAUCCUGCACUGCAUAGUACAGUCUCCACCACCCUCAAUCAGGGAUUAUCUGACUCCAGAGGUCAGUAUUGCCAAGUUUGGGAAACACUGCUAUAGACAGUGUUGUCCCUGCCUCCUCCGUUAGGGUAAAUGCUCGCCCAAACCCUGGACAGACAGUGCCUUUGAUACUCAUGCAGCUGUUUGGGAAGGACCAGACUGAGAUCCUAGGAUUCUCCCCAGACUUUGACCUUUGAUACCUCUGCAUAUAGCAAGAGUGAUCCUUGAAAGAAUUGUGGCUCCAUGCUGAGUGCACACACGCGCUCAGAAGGAUUCAGGGCACUCUUCUGGUGUGUGCUGUGCAACGGUGGGAAAGGACAAAGCUCUCUAAACUGUCCAGAGCGACCUGCCCUGCCCUGGUGUGCUUGGACCCCGUGCCCAGGGAACUAGGACAUCAGAAAUAAUUUUCCUUCUUAUGGAAGGAAAACAGGGAGCGAGGGUAGAAAAGAGCAAUAAAUUCCAACUCUUUGUGAGGUUAGGAGUCCUUU